AUGACCUCUGGACUGUAUGCAGGCCUUCUUCUGAUGCUGUCCUGUCUCCUCCAUGGCUCUGAGGAGACCUGCCCAUCAAUCUGCCUCUGUAUAUCUGACACAGUAAGCUGUAGCUCCAGUGGUUUGACCAAGCUACCUUUGUCCCUGCCUUCCUUCUCUGUCACCCUUGACCUCAGUCACAACCAUUUGUCCCAGCUGGGUCCAGGCAGCUUUAACAAGAUGUCCAGACUGGAAAACCUCCAGAUAUCCCACAAUCAGCUGAGCACCCUGGGUCACGGUGUAUUUCUCAAUGCCUCUGGUCUCAGGCACCUUGACCUGUCCUCCAACAGGCUGCAUGUGGUGAAGGAGCACUACUUCCAGGGGCUAUGGAGGUUGGAGCAGCUCCUGCUCUUCAACAAUAAGAUCACAGAGGUGGAGGCUGGCACACUAAGCAGUCUGAGCAGCUUAAAAAAUGUCUACUUCAGCUUCAACCAGAUCACACACUUCCCGUUUUUCUCCAUCAGAGACUACAGUCACCCUUUCCUGACCAUGCUGGAUCUCUCAUCCAAUCAUAUGACUAGUCUGCCCUGGGAGAAUGUGAAAACCUUGCCUGGGUCAGUGCAGAGGGGGCUCUAUCUCCACAACAACUCUCUGAUCUGUGAUUGUUCUAUGUACAGUGUGUUCUGGCAUUGGAAUUUGAGGGGUUAUAACUCAGUGAAAGACUUUAUGGAUGAACACACUUGUUCCAUCUAUGAGAACCCACAAGCAUCUAUCCGGUUCUUGCGAGACACCCGCUUCUUCCACAACUGCACUAUGGUGAAGAAAGAUGUCUCGCAGCCGGUGACAGUGCUCCUCUCCAGUCUGCUGGUUUCAGAGGGAGAAAGAGUGCAUCUGGACUGCCAAACAUCCCUGAGAAACAAAGACCUCUCAUUUACAUGGCUGUCCCCCAGCAAGGGGUUCAUUACCCAGGCCAGCAUAGAUGACACACUGAUUAGCCUGUUUCCUAAUGGUACCUUGGAGAUCCAAGCAGCUAAGACGUUGCUGGGCUGUGGGGUGACCAUGCUCCUCAUCCUCAUGUACCUCUACUUGACUCCAUGUCACUGCAACUGCUGUAAACAGCCGAGACCUCCAGUUACUCCUGCUGGAAGCUAUGACCCAAACUUCAGCACCCUAACAUCUGUUUUCCUCCCCUCCACAAGAGACCAGCCCAAAAUCCAAUCAAAUAAGCACGUAGCCUUCAUGGAGCAGAUGAAGAGUGAAGAAGGAGCAAAAUAG